UCUCUGUUGUUGUCUUUUCGGAACGAUGUACACAAAAGAGAGCUGAGUAAUUGUAGAAAUUUAAAGAUUGAGAUUGAAAUAAAGUAAAAUUAAAACAUAAGAGAUGUUAUUUCAGCACACACAUUGUUCAUUUAAAUUAUAGUGUCUGAAAUAGUCAAACAUGACACUAGCGUUACAAUUUUCGUCCCAUCAACUCUGAAUGAGGUGAAGUUGUCAUUCAUAAUUUUAAUAGAACGCGAAAAGCGGAACGUGGCAGAGCCAGAGAACAUAAAGAUAUACAUUUAUACAUUCUCCGACAAAGCAUCGUUUACGGCCACAGGUGUUUAUUGGGGUCGUAUUUAUAGUGCUGAAAUAUUUCAAGUUUGAAGAAAUUAUCAAGGAAAAAUGCGUUUUGCCCAAUAUAUUUGUUUCGCGGCUAUUUCCUUAGCCAUAGUGCCAGCAUGUCUAGGACUUUUGGAUGGUAUCUAUUGCGGCAAGGAAGAUUGUUAUGAUGUCUUGGGUGUAACUCGUCAAUCCACCAAAUCCGAAAUAGGAAAAGCGUAUCGAUUGUUAGCUCGGAAACACCAUCCAGACAUGCAUCGGGGAGUUGAAGCAAAAGCGGAGGCAGAGAUAAAAUUCAAAUUGGUCGCCACUGCGUAUGAAAUCCUGCGAGACGAUGAUUCACGGAGAGAUUACGACUAUAUGUUAGACCACCCAGAGGAAUACUAUUCACACUAUUAUCGCUACUAUAGAAGACGUGUUGCGCCAAAAGUCGACGUUCGCAUCGUCAUUGUUGCAACUCUUACAAUAGUUUCCAUCAUUCAGUACUACUCGGGACUACAGCGUUAUGAUAGCGCUAUAAAAUAUUUGGCAACUGUGCCAAAAUAUCGAAAUCAGGCAAUAGAAAUUGCCAAAGACGAGAUUGAAAAAAUAAGUAAUCGUAAGGGUAAGAACCGGAUGUCAAAGACAUAUCAACGCGAAGAAAUUGAACGCAUUGUGCGCAAAGUUAUAGAGGAAAAAAUGGAUGUUAGGGGCGGCUAUGCCAAACCUUCAAUAUAUGACAUUCUGUGGGUUCAGUUGCUGAUUUGCCCAUACACCUUGCUUAGUUUCUUAGUUUGGAAUGCGAAAUGGAUUUGGAAAUUCACAUUAAGGAAGCAGCCGUACGGACGAGAUGAAAAGCUUUAUUUGAUAAGGCGUUAUAUGAAAAUGGGUGAGAAUCAAUUUAAUGGAUUAGAAGAUAAUCAAAUUGAAGAAUAUUUGCGAUUAGAGUUGUGGGAAAAAGAUAAGUUUGAAGAAUGGCAUGAAGAGCAGGAAGAGGAGAUGAAAAAGAAAUUGGCUGAGAAUCCACGAUACAAAUCUUACCGACGAUUUAUGAAAAACCAUGGCCCAGGAAGAAUGACAUUUGAGGAUUAAAAGAUCUACGUCUCAAAACCAAUUAAUACAAAUGUCGAACAUAAGCUCAAAAUUUGCAUAAAAUAUUUAUUUUAUGUCCAAAAUAACAGUAAAGUAGUUUCACAAUAAUUAUGGCUAAUAUAUCAACAUCUAUUCAAGUUGAUCAAGUUUUAUUGAUUGCGUUUUCAAAAUGUCUUUCUUUUUGUCAUCGAAAUAUAUUUUAAAAUAAAAUUUACUGCAAACAUAACA